AAGCUCGUCGCGUCCGACGGCACGGCGAGCGACCACUUCGGCUGGUCCGUCGCCUCGAGCGGCGACUUCGUCGUCGUCGGCGCGUUGGCCGACGACGCUCCGGGCUACUAUGCCGGCUCGGCCUACGUCUACCGCAACGUCGACGGCGUCGCGACGGAGGUCGCCAAGCUCGUCGCGGACGACGCCGGGGAGAAAGACCAAUUCGGCAUCUCUGUGGCCAUUCACAACGACAUCGUCGUCGUCGGGUCGGUCGGGUGGAGUGCCACUCCAAACUCUGCGGCCUACGUCUACAAAAGUUCGGACGGCGGCGCGACCUGGCCCCAGGUGGCCAAGCUCGUGGCUGACGACGCCCCCGACGACCAGUCGGGCUUCGGGUACAGCGUCGCGAUCGAAGACGACACCAUUGCCGUCGGAGCGACCCAGGACUACACGGGCACCCACGCUGGCACGGGCUCCGCAUACGUAUUCAAGACACCGGACGGCGGCGCGACCUGGACGCAAAAGGCCAAGCUCGUCGAGUCCGACCCGACGGCUGGCGCCUGGUUCGGCAUGUCAAUCUCGUUGAGUGGAGACGUCAUCGCCGUUGGAGCGCACUACAAAGAUGGUGGCCGCGGUACACAAGCGGGCUCGGCUUUCGUUUUCCGCACGACGGAUGGCGGCGAGACCUGGACGCAGGCUGCAGAGGUCGUUGGGGACGACGUCGGCAUCCAAGAUCACUUCGGACGGUCCAUCGACGUCGACGGUGACACCCUUGUCGUCGGGGCACCUCAGGACGACGAGGUCAUCGCCAACGCGGGCGCGGCCUAUGUGUUUCGCACGACGGACGGCGGCGCGAGCUGGUCUCAAGAGGCCAAGCUCACAGCGGACGACUCCGCCACAGACGACAGGUUGGGCGUCUCAGUUUCGAUUACCGGGAGCACUAUUGUCGCUGGGGCGUACGGCAACUCAAAAGGUGCUGCCUAUGUGUGGCAUACGACGGACGGCGCGACCUGGACCCGCGAAGCGAAACUUGUCUCGAGCGAUAUCGCGAACGGCGACAACUUCGGCUUCUCCAUCUCGCUUGGUGCCGACUUCAUCGUCGUCGGGGCG